AUGACCGGAGUGCUGACAUCCCCCGCCUCUACCAAGCUUUGCCCUGUCUUCCAAACGCCCAAGAAUCACCAGGGCCACUUCGACGAUCCUGGCGGCUGGACGCCUCGAUUCGCAGAGGAGUACUCCGUCUUCAACUCUACACCGGGCAACCUCCGAGGCUCUCAGGGGCCGUUCGUGGACUUUGGGUCAUAUCAAUCGUCUGGGGGACAUAAGCGACAGUUUUCUGCAGAGGGCUUUGCUGUCGAAAUUGCGGCUCAUGUGAAUCACUUCUCGCCGAAUCCCAAUUUGCCCCCAGUUGAUCCAUCCAGACGUCUUGCCUCGUCUUCUGAUCAUACGGCACUUUCACCCGAGCAAGUAGAAUCGGAGCAACAAGGCCCAUCGCAGGAGAGGUCUGUGAAGAAGCCUCGCCGUAGCAUUGCAACGAAGGAGCUUCAGGGACAGACAGCCACUCCUCCCCCUUCGGCCAAGAAGGGCGAGCGGAAGCUUGCGCCCAAGCUCAAGACCGACAACAUGCAAAAUGACCAGGGGUAUGGCCAGCCGGACUUUGCAGGCACGCCGCAGCAGCCUCACAUUAACACGUUCGUGACCACGCCCAGCGAUGUCUUCGGGUACCCCAUGUCGGCGCCCGCCACGGCUCCGGCCUUUACGAACACACGUCCAUUCUGGGAUACCGAGUUCGACGCCAGCAUGGGUAUGGAUAUGGACUUUGGCGCAAGUGCAGAUGUCUUCCAAACACCCACGCCUUCCCACCGGGGAUUGGGCUCCAUGGACUGGGGACGACCGGGCGAAAUGUUCCAAGACGCCAGUAUGGUUCCCCAGCAGAACCAGGAGAAUAUGCAGCCCGCACGACGAGAACGUCAGAUCGCACCCAAGAACGUGAUAACGAACCUCGAAACAGACCAGGCUCAGUUCGUGGGGACAUAUCCGACGCCGAUCGAUGAUCCUUUCGGAAUUGGUCCUGGCGAUGGCGUCAAUCCUGGCCUGCUCUUCAGCCGGCCGCCCUCAUCCAGCAUGGAGUCAGCAGUGUACAAUCCCAUGCAGCCACCGAGCUCAUCAGCACCGGCAGCACCCCAGUCGACAGAGAUCCAGCAGAGACCAGCAACCUCGAAAGCUCCCAUGCGUAAUGACCUGCGCCGGUCAGCGAGCGUGAGAGAAAUAGCCCCAAGCAAACAGUUCGACCGAGCAUCCUUCAUAUCUCCUGUGAAGUCGUCCAUGCGUCCUGGCCUGUCUCGAAGCUUCAGCGAGAAUCGCGGCAAACGCCCUCUCGCCCGGUCCUCCCUGCCCGCCUUAGCCCCUGCACCCGUGCCCAUGUCUCGCCAGGGCGGGGAUCUAGGAAGCAAUCGCGUGAUGUCUAAUGGUCCUCGCCCCACCGGGAGGACCUCGCCAUUGAAGAACCACCAGCGUCUAUCCAGCUUAUCUUCCAUUCCGGAAACUGGAACACCUCGUCCCCGACCCUCCGUAAAGUUCACCAUUGAUGCCAAUGGCAGGGCUCACGCAGAGACCACGCUUGUCGUGGACGACGAGCCAGCGCCGCCCCCAUCGAGCAACAGGAGAGGCCAAAACGCUCGACCACUGCACAAAGCUCAGUGGGAUUCGUCGGACGAUGACUCGUCGACGGAUGACGAGCCCAUCAUCAUUCCCAGCAGAAACACCUCCUUCACCUUCCCUGAUCCCCACUUGUCGGCGUCCAAGCAGAACAACUUACACGCGCAACAACGCAGCUUCAGCGAGCGGAGCGUCGGCGGGUUCUCGAUGCUCCCGGGCGAGUUGGCACCGACCGAUCCCGAAAGCGAGGCCGAGACGAUCAUGAACGAGAUGCCCCAGGAGGCCGGAGACGCCGCCAGCGAGCUCCGAAAGGUCAUGCAGACUCGGCAGAGAGGCAGUGCGAAGAAACCCAAGAGUGGUGCGAGCACAGGGCGCCGACAGCGUUUCAUGUCGUCGAGUGCCAGCUUCGGCGCUCCUCCGUAUCACGCCAACUCGAUCAUCUCACCCACAACCUUGACGGACAAUAGUCUCCCGACGCCCUCAUCAGAUAGGGUGCACAGCGUGCGGUGUGUCUGCAAUCGGCAUGAAGCCGGCCAGGACAGCUUCAUGGUUCAAUGCGAAUCAUGCGAGUACUGGCUUCAUGGCCGCUGCAUAAACAUCACCAAGCGCAACAUGCCCUCGGUCUACAUCUGCGCGUUCUGCGCCAACACGCCCAACAUGAGGGGCGGUCGCAUCCGGGACACCGGCCGCGGUCCUGCCGUCAUGGGGCACGGCGGCGGAUCGGCAACCUCACCACUGGCCCAUAAGUCGUUCAGGUCGUUCCGAUAA